CCUCUUUGUGGCUAAGCAAGAGGAAACGACAUUAACGCAACUUCCACUGCCGCCUACUAAUUUCCUUGUUUGAGAAGCGAAUAUAAAAUGUAAGUAGUUACUCAUUGAAUCUGUUCAGGUCUUGCACAAAGGAAUACACAAUACACAACGGAAUAGUAACAGACGAAGAUGAACGUCGUUAUCUGUAAACAACUACUUUUCGCCUGCCAGUCAACGUUUUCCAAACACGGAAGAAUUCCAUUUGUUUGAUCAUCGAUUAAUCCGAUCAUAGCAACUUACGUACGAUAAAUUAACCUAAAUGUUUUUGACUUUUGCCAAAAUUUUCUACGCAACUGAAUUUUUCAUGGAGUAUACUACAGAAGCGCAAGUAUAUGCAAUGCCAAGCCAAUGCAAUGCCAAUCGAGUUCACGCUGUUGAAGAGAAGUGAAGAAACGUAUCACCUUCUGGGCACAACAACUCUGCCUCUGAGGAAUCACCCACACCCAGCGGCUCCAACGGGCAGAGCAAAGCGCGCCUGGUGUUUCCGGAAGUUGGACCGUCGGGGUAAGCCCCAAUCUUGUACAUCAUGCAAGUACAAUGCGUGUUGCUGUUUGCUGUGGCGCUAGCGCAAGGAGACAAGUUAUUGGAAAUCCGCAAGUGCUGCGGGGCCUUCGAAAUGCUGUCGGGCGACGGACAGUCGUGUGAAGACGCCCCCUGGCUGCCCGCCCCCACCGCCGCCCUCCACGAGCAGGAAGGCAGCGCGGGAGCUCCGCUGGACGCCCAAUGGCUGAGUCGCUGGCUUCAGCCCGGCCUCUCGCCCGAUCGCGUGGGGGCGGUGUUGCAGCACCACCUGGCGAAUAUGAGACCGGGGCCGUUACUGCGGGCUGUGUGGACGGAAGAGAAAUUGUACGGGAAUCGUAGCGUUGCCCCUAAAGAGCUGUUCCUGCGCGGCACCGACUCCUGGCUCCUGGUUCCCGGUUCCGAUUCCUUUGAGCUGGGUCACGCCUCAAGUAACAUGUACGAUAUUCUGCUCAGACUAGAGUACUGCAUGGAUGCGGCUUCAUUCCCGCUGAGACCCUUUGAAUUGCUUGUGGAACCGGUUUGCGACGUGAAUCUUUGCAUCACCAAGUGCUGCCCACGAGGGCAGGUGGUGAUGACGCAGGGAGGCCGUUGGACAUGUGACUCGGAGGAACGAGGAGACUGGUGGCAGGCCAAAUCGUGCUUGAUCGACCUUCAGGAGCCGUUUUUCUUAAGAGGCUGGAACGCAUCUUUUGAAAAUGUGUCUGGCCUGGCGCGGGAUCUCACCUUGGAUCCCGAGGAGGCUUGGGCAGCCCGUUUAUUGCGAGACCGCUAUCACUUCGUCAUCUUCUCCGGUUGGGACGCGUGCAUCGAUCUGAAACGCAGUGAGGACGGAACCCUGCGCUACACGCUCUUCUACUGGGAGAACUCUAGAGGCGCCGGGAGUGACAAUGGAAUGCCUCGAUACCUGUACUUCGUACCUGUUGCGCUGUUGGUGGUUUCUCUUUGCAACAUUGUUCGCGACAGAGGCUUUCGCACUCGUGCUUAUGCGUUUCCAAUGUACUUCAUGCUGAUGGCCGCCAAUUGUUGGCGCACUGCUGUUUGCAUUCACACGGAUCUGGUUUCGUUCAGAAAAUUUCAGUCCCUACUGCGAGGCAACUCCGUUCUUCAAAGAGAAGUGAACCAGGAGCAAGAGGAGCAUCAGACAAAGAAACAAAACUCAUGUUUAGAAGAAACAUUUCCCAGGAUGAAACUGUACUUUAAAAUGUUUCUGAUGUCAGGAAUCAUAGAGACCCUAUUGGAAUUCACGGUCUGGAUGACAUGCUAUUACUCGAAUGAACAAGAUUUCCUGUUGUAUGAUCAUAUGCUAUUGUAUCGCGCCGCAUGCUACUUGGUCGACGUCUUCCGGACAGCGUUCGUGGCCUGGUCGGCUGCACAGGUGGAAGACGCGAAGUGGUGCGGGUGUAGGUGUAAAACAUGGAGUGCAUGCAGGGGCGCGGGCGGGGGUGAGGGCGGGGAGGAAUUGGAAAUGCGGGUGCUGGGCGAGGAGGCAUCGGCCAGGGAGGCGCCUGGUGGAGAAACGUAGGACAGAAUGACAUUGGGGGACAGGACAAACAGAGUGAUACUUGGGGAACACAUUCCAGUGACAUUAUCAUGAUUUUUGCGUUUUGAGAUUUAGAGUUGGUGUUUGUAUGGUCUUUUCUUUAACACAAAGCAAACAUCUAGAAUAAAAGUAUUCCCCAGGUGAGGCUCGAACUCACAACCCCGGCAUAUCUCAGUUACUGUCCUAUAAGUACCGUGCGCUAACCAAUUGCGCCACUGGGGACUACGAGACCCUCUGCAUUUCCCUACACUCACGGCGUCGUGCUCGUGUAUUUGGGGAUGCAUUUGGAUGAAAUCUGUGCCGAAAUACAUGAAUGUUACCCCGGAAAAUGGCAGUGGAAAGAAACAACCGCUCAUUCAGUGGAAUGCAAAAUGUACGGUUUAGACGGAAGAAAAUACAUCAUUUCGUGCUUAUACGUUAGCAAACAAUAUCUACAAGAACAAGUGUAAAUUAACCGUUUAGUUUAUUUACACUCGUACGAAUGUUUGUUUGUUGCAUAUGUAUUAUUUGAAAAUGUAAAUUUUGUAAGCAAUGCUCCGAAACGUUGGAUACAUUUUCUUCUAUUUUUUCCCGAAAAUAAAUAUAAUAUAAAAAAUGUUAAUAAAACCACUAUACUAUACCGAUAGGAAUAGCAUAUUUAUUUCAGCCCAAAAUAUUCUUGAAGGGCCUUUGUUAGUUUUGCCGUUUAGGGCAAUACUAUGUACUACUACCCAAGAAAAAAUAUAU